AUGUCCAAUUCUCAAACAAGUCCUUUAGAUGAAUCACUGUUUACAUUUGAUUAUAACUCACUUCAACAAGAAAUUGAAAGUGCUAUAAAUGCUAAUUAUAUGGAUUAUAUAGAUGAUGAAUGCUUUGAUGGAGACGGUGCUUUUGAUGGCCAUGAUGAUGUAGAGAUGAGUGAUGAAUUUGGAUUUGAUAAAGAA